AUGUUGUCGAUCCGAGACGAGAACGCCGUCAACGCGGCCCAGGCUGCUCGACUUGCCCCCGGAAAGAGCCAAAUGGCUCCCAAGACCCCUGGAGCCCGAUACCCGAAGACGCCUUUGAAAAUUCCCCUCAAUGAUGAGAAUGCCGUCAACGCAGGCAAGUCGGUGCUUGCACCCAAGUCCAAUGCGAACGGACCUAUUCAGGGCACCGCCAAGAAGCAGAACCUCGUCACUCCCUCCGAGACACGUGCUCGGGCGCCACUUGGAAACAAAACCACCAACGCAAAGGCAAAGAGCACCCAGAACACCGGAGUGAAGGACAUUGCCAAGGACUUUGAGAAGACCCAGACGAAGCCCACGACCACCAAGAAGCUGAAGCAGCGGUCUCCCGGCGCUGCUCCCCUCAAGCUCGAGGUGCGAAACGACCAAGCUGGCCCUGCGGAUGAGCCUGACGUGGAAUAUGCGCCGCCCCCGGCCAAAGACUUGCCCUACCAGUCUGACAUUAUUGAGGGAGACUUGACUUUCGAGGGGCUGAAGCCAGAGAACUUGCUCAAGGGCUACUACAACCACUUCUACAACCCUAUGGGCGAGGACGGUGUCAGACUUCAGGACAGACAGCAGCAACAGAAGCUCAAGAAGGCCCUGAAGGAGACCGACGACCGUAUUCUCCGGGACAUCCAAGAGAUGGACUGGUCCGUUGCUGACGUCCCCGAGACGGCAGCUUUUGGCCGCAGGAAGGCUCCCACCCCUGCCCCCAAUCCAGCCGUUGCAAAGAAGACUGUGGGAGGCAAGUAUCCUCCUACCAUCGCCUCUCGAAGGGCUGCAUCCGCUUUGUCGAUGGCCACCGGCUCUACCAUCAAGCAGAGGAAGCCCGUUGAGCCCACCACCACGGCCAGAAGACCCCUCUCGUCUAUUAUUCCCCGCACUAGGCCUGCCAGAGCAGCUCUGGCCUCCAAGUCCUCCAACGCAGAGAGUGCCGUUGGCGAAGCGGCCUCCAGAAGUACCAUUGGCUACAACAAGGGUCGUUCGGCCUCGUCCUUCGUCAGUGGACGAGCCAGGCCUGCCGCAGGAGCGCGACCUGCGUCAAUGGAUGUCUCCACACUUGUUCCCCGGAAGACUGUCGUCCGACGUGAGGCAUCCCCAAAGAAGCCGGACGGACACGCCGAGGACGCUGAGGAACUUGGCCGCCUCCAGUUCCUCUCCAUCUUUGAUCCGGCCGGAGACGACGAGAACGAUGUCCUCGGCAAUGCUGGUCCCAAGAACGAGGACUUUGAAGAUGAUGAGUUCGAGAUGAACUUGAACUUGUAG